GAUAUAUUGGUGUAGAAUAAAUUAUCCUCCUCAGCUAUUUGCCUUUCUCAGCUCUUCCUCUGUGUCAUGCAGGGCUCAUCUCCCUUGAUGAGCAAAAUGUUUGGGACUGUGGUGGUUGGAGUUGGAAUUGCUGGCUUAGCACGAAUCCGAGACUUGAUGAAUCCGAUGCCUUCCAGCCCUUCAGAACACCUGAAACUCUUCGGAUUUGUAUCCAGGAGGAGUUUUGGCAAUAUUAAUGAGGCAAAGCAGAUUAGCCUGGAAGAUGCUCUGAGAAACAAAGACAUCCAUGCAGCCUUCAUCAGCACAGAGAACAGAAGCCAUGAAGAAACCAUCAGAAUGUUCUUAGAAGCUGGGAAACAUGUCCUCGUAGAGUACCCCAUGGCUUUGUCUGCUAAGGCAGCCCAUGAUCUCUGGGAGAUGGCUGAGCAGAAAGGUAAAGUACUCCAUGUGGAGCACAUUGAACUUCUUACUGAAGAGUACAAGCAGCUGAAAAAAGAGGUGGCUGGGAAAGACCUGGUGAAGGGAACAUUGCAUUUCACAGGUAGUGUCCUUGAUGAAAACAAAUCAGGAUUCCCAGCUUUCAGUGGAAUUGCCCGUCUGACAUGGCUGAUUGACCUCUUUGGAGACCUCACUGUUACCUCUGCCACCAGAGAGAAGCAGAAGGAUAAGAAUUAUUCCAGAAUGACUGUUCACUUUCAGACUGCAAACAAGAAACCCUUGACUUGGAUUGAAGAAAGAGGACCAGGGAUGAGACGUGAAAAGAAAAUCAACUUCUGUUUCACAAGUGGUUGCCUGGAGAACUUCCCUGAAGCCCCAAGGUCUUCUGUGGGCCUUUUCAUGCAGGAUCAGAACCUCUUUGCCAAGAAACUGCUGGGCCAGGUCUCCAAGGAGGAGCUGGCUGCUGAGAAAUGGCGAAUUUUGCGGUGUCUUGACCUUGCCGAGGUGAUCCAACAGUACUGUGAAGAGCCAGAGAAAAUCUAUUCCUGAGGCUGCUCUUAGGGAAGAAAGAAUAUGGCAGAUGGAAAAGCUGUAGGGCUAGAACUCACUGUUGCCAUCAAGCAGUUGCUAUUUCUGUUUCCAUUACCUUCUUUUUGACUACUUGUGAUUCCUGGGCUCUCCAGGUGUUCUGGGAGAGUCUGGGCUAUACCCUGUGCCUUCUGGUUUGCACCAGUCCUAAACAAUUCACCUGCUCUGAUGCAUCCCUCUCCUUUCAGGUAGUUAGAACCUAGCAACAACAAGCUUUCCUGUGGUUCAGCUGGGAAUAUCCCUGACAGUAGAUCCUUCAGGACUGUAAAUAAUAUACAUAAUUCUCUCUCCCAGGGUCUGUUCCCCCAUUCCAGAUAUGUCUGGAAAUGAACAUGCCUCAAUAGUAUUCACGUACUAUUUUCUAGAAUGAAGUUCCUGUUCAGUUUUCCACCUCUUUACUUGAAAUACAGAACUUGUGCCACCACAGUCCUGACCAUUUCUUCCAAUCGCUCUGAAUUGUUCUGUGUGGUUGCUCUAAUUAAUAGUUUUGCUUGUUAGGUAUGUGGGGGGUAGGGAGGGGAAAGAGGAGGAGUUAUGUAUAUUUGGGGUUUUUUUGGGGGUGGCUGGAUUUCACACUGGAGGUCAACUACAGUCAAAUUAAAUCUAUACUGGGUAUCAAACCAGAGUAGAAGAGUCUUGUCUCUUCAUAGGGAGUUGUUGAUUUCAUUCAGUUUCUCAGGUGCCCUGUGCCAACAUAGAAAUCUUUUCUAUGAGGUUAGAAACAUGUAUUGAACUAAUGCAUUGCCUGUCUGCUGUCUACUGAACCUAAAUAUUUUUGGGUUUGCACUGAAAGCAGCAUAUUAUUCUCCUUCAUUUGUGUUUUAAUUCAGCAUGGGAAUGGAUCAUAUAAAAAAAAUAAUAAAUAUCUUGCAUUUAAGAAAAGAAGAUCACUAAUGCAUUCCUGGAAACAGAGAAAUUCAUUAGGAAUAGUGAUAAAUUUAGAACAGUAUUGUAGAAAACAGAGCAAUUUGCAAGUAUAUCCAUAUACUUAUGUCGUGGUUCAACCACAGCUGGUAGCUAAGCACCAGUCAGCUUAUUGUACCUCAGUGGGAUGGGGGAGAGAAUCAGAAAGGUGACAGUGAGGGGAAAAAAGGUGAGUUAAUGACAGUUUAACAGAUAAAGCAAAAGCUGCACAUGCAAGCAAAGCAAAAUAGGGAAUUUAUUCACUCCUUCCCAUGGGCAGGCAGGUGUUCAGCCACACCCCAGGAAAUCAGGGCUACAUCACACACAACAGCUACUUGGGAAAACAAGUGCCAUUGCUCCAAAUGUACCCCCCCACCCCCCCCCCCCCCCCCCCCCCCUUCAGUCUCCUUCCCCAGCUUUAUGUGCCAUAUGGAAUGGAGUACUGCUUUGUGGUCAGCUGUCCUGACUGUGACCCCUCCCAAAUCCUUGUGCACCCACAGCCUGCUUGCUAAUGGGAUGGGGUGAGAAGCAGGAAAGGCCUUGAGGCUGUGCAAACAUGGCUUAGCAGUAAUUAAACAUCCCUGUGUUAUCAACACUGUUUCCAGCAAAAUCCAAAACACAGCCCCCCAAUUCAGCGACUCUGAAUGAAAUUAACUCGACCCCAGCCAAAACCAGCCCAGGUUAUAGCACAGGACACCUGUGGGAAUGGGUCUUUAGCAUUUUUACUGUAGUCACAGGAUCACAUAUGAAAACAUUAUCACUUCCCUAAAGAAGCAUUUUCGUUUUAGAUGCCUAAGCACUGUCUAAAUUAACAAUUCCUCUGAUUGCCUUUUACUUUCUAAUUACAGCAUCUGUUGGUGCUAUAUUAAUAUAGAAGCAAACUUCAGUCUGUGCAAUUGUUCUUUCAAACUCAGUCUUUUUUUUUUUUCUAUUUCAUAAUUUGGGCAACUUUUUAAUAAGGGAGCAUAUAUGUUGUGAAUGUAUUCAUAACUGCAGCCAGUCAAUAUUGACAGUUGAAUGUCUUCCUUUGGGUAAAUGUUCGUUCAGCAGUUGGAUACAAUUCAGUCUGCUGGAAACAAGAAAGGUCUGUACAAUUUUCUCCCAAAUCAGUCAGAUUUUAGCAGUGACUGGAGCUUGAUGUGUGAAUGAAUUCUGCAUGUGGCAUUUGUUUAAAUCUACCCUAUCUGUUAAAAUCAGUGAAAACUCCUGUUGCCUUCAGUGGAUUGAGGCCCCUGUGAGCUGGCAGCAGAUUUGUGCAGGUAGAUCCUGUGUUUGUCCACCCAAAUGGAUAUUUUACUGAGCAUUCACAGGGACUUCUGUGCCACUGUGGUGGUGGACAUGGCCUGGGCAGAUCUGAUGUUCUAUGAGAGGGAGAAAAGUGAAUUUUUGGCAAAACACAAACAGUCCAUCUGGGAUAAGAAUUACUUAGAAUCUUCUGUGUAUGUCUGCUAGGUAUGACAUCCAGUGAAAGGCCCUGUUCCUUGACAAACUCCUGAUCUGUGUCUAUGGGGUGAAUGCCACUUGUUUACAUGCUAAAUCAUAAUGGGUAGUUGAGGAGGGAGGGAAAAGGAGAUUCACACAUCUCUAGGCAUCAGAAUUAGAACAUCUCCCUGAGCAUGCUCUGCAAUUGCUGGUGAGAGCAGUAUUUCCCUAGGAAACAGGGAAUAAAUUCAUGGGAGUUUUGAAGAGCAGCAGUAUAAUAUUGUGCAGUGAACUGUCCCCUGGAAAAGCUUGUCUCUAUAGAGAGCACCUGGGGAAAUUAGCUGGUUAAUUUGAGCUAGGGAAGGCAGCUGUCUAGAGGUUGGAUAAUCCACAUUCUCCUUCAUUCCCCUCCCAUCCCUUCCAGCUACCGUGCUUACUUACUACUGUCUGUCCUGCUACUGGCAGCCUGUAUUGUUUAAAUGGUUUUUCCUUCUGCCCUGUGAAUUUGCCAAGGUACUGUGAUUGUUUGUAUAUGGGAGCUACUGGAUGUCCAGUUCCAAAUGUAUGUAUUGUUCAACCAAGUGUCAAACUCACCAAUAAAAUCCUGG